AUGGGCCUAGCUGAGCUUGUCCUGAGCCUCUUUCAGGUUGAUGGCGGUGCGCUGGCUGCUGUGGUCUGGUCGGAAAUGAAGGCAUGUAGCAAGUCGCCCCUAGACACGUUAGUCGCACCCAAUCAAGCCUUGUUGACGAAUGCGACGAACUUGCAAUGGGCUGCAUACAUGCAGGGAAAUGGUAGGCAAAGUCUGCAAGUUGGUAAAUGA